AUGUCCGUCUCGCCGGGCGGCGGCGGUCGUCGGAGCGCGGCGCUCGAGGACUCUGUCUCGCCGAGCAGCGGCGGCCGUCAGAGCGCGGCGCUCGAGAUGUCCGUCUCGCCGGGCGGCGGCGGUCGUCAGAGCGCGGCGCUCGAGGGCUCCGUCUCGCCGAGCGGCGGCGGUCGUCAGAGCGCGGCGCUCGAGAUGUCCGUCUCGCCGGGCGGAGGCGAUCGUCAGAGCGCGGCGCUCGAGGACUCUGUCUCGCCGAGCAGCGGCGGCCGUCAGAGCGCGGCGCUCGAGGUGCCCGUCUCGCCGGGCGGCGGCGGUCGUCAGAACGCGGCGCUCGAGGGCUCCGUCUCGCCGAGCGGAGGCGAUCGUCAGAGCGCGGCGCUCGAGAUGUCCGUCUCGCCGGGCGGAGGCGAUCGUCAGAGCGCGGCGCUCGAGGACUCUGUCUCGCCGAGCGGCGGCGAUCGUCAGAGCGCGGCGCUCGAGGACUCUGUCUCGCCGAGCAGCGGCGGCCGUCAGAGCGCGGCGCUCGAGGACUCCGUCUCGCCGAGCGGCGGCGAUCGUCAGAGCGCGGCGCCUGGGGCGUCCGUCUCGCCCCACAUCAGUCGACGGUAG